AUGGCGGAAAUGGUGGUGCUGAGUCAGGAAGCGAAGAAGUUGACAGAGGCGUGGGGUUUGGUGAUCGUGUCCUUGUGUUAUUGUUUCGGCGUUGGGAGAUGGGUUGACAAAGGAAGCAAGAGGCUGAUUCUGAUGACUCCGGUCAUGUUCCUUUUCUUAUUGGUUCCCCUCCAUCUGUCGACCGUGCAUCUGAUCGGCACCACUGGCUUCUUCAUCUCUUGGCUCGCCAAUUUCAAGCUCUCUCUCUUGGCCUUUGGCAAGGGCCCUCUCUCCUCCCCAAAUCUUGCUCUCCCUGUAUUCCUCCUCGUUUCUUGCUUCCCCAUCAAAGUCCAAGUCCAGCUUGAUGAUCCACCGGAAGAAAAGAAGAGCGCAAGAGAGGGCCCUCUCUUCUAUGGAGUAAAGGGACUCCUCCUCCUGCUCCUCAUCAAAUCAUUUGAUUACAGCCACCUGCUCCCCGAGAAAGCCUUGCUUUUGCUCUACGGCUUCCACAUGUAUUUCUCUCUAGACCUCAUCCUAGCCGUCACCGCCUCCCUGGUCCGGGCCGCGUCCAGCCUCGAGCUCGAGCCUCACUUCAACGAGCCUUACCUGGCCACCUCGCUUCAGGAUUUCUGGGGGAAACGAUGGAACCUGAUGGUCAGUGAGAUCCUGCGCCCCACCGUGUACGAACCGGUGCUAAGGUGGUCAGUGUUGCCAAGGAAAUGGGCAUCGGCUCCUGCGGCGUUUGCCACGUUCGUGGUAUCGGGAAUAAUGCAUGAGCUCAUCUUCUUCUACAUGGGGAGGCUGAGGCCCUCCUGGGGGAUGAUGUCUUUCUUCCUCCUACACGGAGUCUGCACAAUGGCUGAGAUCGCACUCAAGAAGGCCGUCAACAGAAGGUGGACACUUGCAACCCCCGUGGCUCGGACUCUCACCCUCCUCUUCGUCUUCGCCACUGGGGUCUUGUUCUUCUUCCCGGAAUUUAAGAGGUGCAAGAUUGACCAGAAGGCCUUUGCCGAGUACGCUGCGGUAGGCGCGUUUCUCCAACAAGCUGCUCCAAGACUUCGAGGAUAUGGAUACUCCCAUUAG